AUGCUAAAAGAGGAUGCAUCAUCAGUGCUGCAGCCAGCUACGACCCUGAAGUCUGGUGUCAUCCCAUCUCCUUCUGCGGUCCUGCGCCCUCUUCCACCUGCCUCAGUCCCAACACAGCAGCUAUACUGGGAGCCGCCCCCACCACCCUUUGGGAAUGCCCCACCUCCUCGGGGUAACCCCCUGGUGCUGUCCCCUUUCCCCAUGACACCUGUGGUGGCAGGACACGGUGGCUAUGGCAAGCCUGGGGCUGGGCCUUUCAACAUCAUGGCCCAAGCCGGGAGAGCAAGGAGGCCAGCAGGGUCCCUGCCCACUCAGAGCACUCUCCUCACUCAGGCCCCACGCAUGAGGGGUGCCCCAGGGGUCCGGCAUUGGGCUGUGCAGAAUCCUGCUCCCCUGCAGCUGAGAGCUCCACCCAUGCCCACCUUCAUGCCUGCCCCAAUUCGGGUGAGCAACAAAGUUGAUGACAGGAUGAGGCCCUGGGGCCCCUGUCCCUCAGCCGUACCACCAGUGGCCCGUGCCAUGUCCAGGGUGAACACAGGGCCACCACCACACUGUAACUACACAGAGUGUGGGCUGGCCGCCUCGCAGGCCAAUACCUCAACAGAUCGCACCUGCAAGUCUCCAAGUGCCUAUGAGAACUUCCGGCGCUGGCAGUAUUUGAAGACUCUGCUCCAGGAACACUUUCCCCAAACUCCUGACAUGGAAGCACUGUCCUGCUUCCUGGUGCCAGUGCUUCGGUCCCUGUCCCGCUGGCAGCCGACCAUGAGUGUGGAGAAGAGCCUGCAGAUAGGCAUUCAGGAAUGGGAUCGCACCAGCAACUACAACCGCAUGACAUUCUACGAGGUGGCUGAAAAGUUCAUGGAGUUUGAGGCUGCUGAAAAGAUGGAACAUCCUGGGUUGCAGUUGACUGGAGGACUUCCAGGCCAGCCAAUCCCAGCCCCACCAAGGCCCAAACCUCCAAGGCCCCCAAUGCCUAAGGUUGUCCAACAACCAGUGUGCGUCCCCAGGCAGGCAGACUCGAAGGCACAGGCUGCCUGCCCCCCGGCACCCGAAAGCCAGCAGCCACCUGAGAGCAAGGCACCUGAUGAGAUCCCUCCUGAAGCCGUGAAGGAAUACAUGGAGAUCAUGGACUGGCUGGAAGAACAUCAUCUCUUGGUCACUGAGGAGCCUGAAGAAAACCAGGAAGAAAAGCAGGAUCAGGAAGAGGAUGACCUAUACCCGGAUCUCCUGAGUUACUGUGAUGAGCUAUGCUCCCAAGAAGACUUUGUGGACAAGGUGGAAGCCAUUAUCAACCCCAAGUUCCUGGAACAAGUAGAAUCUACAGAUGUAGAGACAGAUAUCGUCUUGGCUGGAAGUGAGGUGCUAGAAGAGGAACAUGCACUCACUCUUGACCAGCUGGUGGACAAGCGCCUCCUGGACUCCAAGACCAAGGGAGGUGUGUGCAGGCCCCAGAGCCAAGGUCCAUCCCAAUCUGCUGUCCACCGAGGUGCAGAGCAAGAUGACUGUGACCUCAAGCGAAGGGUCAACCAGGAGACCUGCCCCGCUCCAAAAGCUCCCCGGUUCUGUAAGAGACGCAGGGCCACCAAUGAAGAGCUGCCCGGGCCUGAGGUCCCUGCUGUCCUGCGCAGGCAAUGCUGCCUCACGGGGGAUGCGGCUCCUGUGGGAAAGGUGUCCCGCCCAGGGCCUUCCUGCCAGGUCUCUGGAGGGCAAGAUUUGGCUCAGGGGCUGGUUCCACGCCCGCGGCCUAAGAAGCGAAGGCGUAACAAACUAGGCUCCCAGAGGAGGAGGAAGACCUGACUCCCAUAAGGCUGCUCAGCAGACUCUGGGGUGCCCGUCCCUCAGGUGGCCCUUGGCAAGAUUUCACCCUGGCUGCAUCUUGCACCCCACAAGCCAGAGGUCCCUCCUCCC